GUUGGAGAGAGAUUGUUGAAGAUGUCUGGUCGCGGCAAGGGAGGCAAAGGGCUGGGGAAAGGGGGCGCCAAAAGGCACCGCAAAGUGCUCCGCGACAACAUCCAGGGCAUCACCAAGCCGGCCAUCCGCCGCCUGGCCCGCCGCGGGGGCGUCAAGCGCAUCUCGGGCUUGAUCUACGAGGAGACCCGCGGGGUGCUGAAGGUCUUCCUCGAGAACGUCAUCCGCGACGCCGUCACCUACACGGAGCACGCCAAGAGGAAGACGGUCACCGCCAUGGACGUCGUUUACGCUCUCAAGCGCCAGGGACGCACCCUCUACGGAUUCGGCGGCUGAGCCCCCCCGCGCCCUCCCAACACCCACCCACA